AUGACAGAGAGUGUAACCAACAGUGUACAUGGAGAGGCUGCCUCCCGACCUCCUCGAGAUUCGAGUGAGUUGUCCUCCAUCGAGGCGGCGUGGGAGAAAGCGCUGAUGCCUCCGUUUGUCACCAAGUUGCGGGCUAUGGUCGAUGAUCCGGCUACCGACGACCUCAUCUCCUGGAGGGACGAUGGACUUUCGUUUCAAGUUCAUUUACCCAGUGAGUUCGCCCGGACGGUUCUGCCGCGUUACUUCAAGCACAGUAACUUUACCAGUUUCGCUCGACAACUGAACCAAUACGGCUUUCGCAAGCUGGACAGCGAUCACUUUGUGUUUGGGAACCGGUACUUUGUGCGAGAUCAUCCAGAGUGGCUCUCCAAAGUGACGCGUCGACGACCAUCAAGAACGCUGGUGCGGAAAGAGUCGAGCCCGCCACACACCGCAGCACUUGAGAUCGGCAACUACGGGUUCGGGCCGGAUAGCUCCGUCAGUGCUCCGGACGUAGAGCUGCUCCGCCGCGACAAGAAGCUGCUUCUGCAGGAGCUGCUGGCUUCGCGGCAUCGCCAAAUAGAACUCGAGCGCAAACUCCGAUACAGUGAGCAACGCAUUCAACAGCUAGAGAGCAGCGUCGAACAGAUGAAGCAAUUCAUUUACCAGUCGUUCCAGUUGCUGCUGCAACAACACGGGAUCAAAUUGGAUGAACGGAAACGCAAGCGGUUGAUGAACGUGCCCACCGAGCCGGUGGCAGGCACAGCGGGUCGCUCAAUAGGCAGCAUUGAGUAUAAGGGGGAUACCGGGGAGCUCAUGACCGACAGCGUGGUGGAGUCGUACCCGCCGUCCUCGCCGCCGCUGCAGGGCCAGCAACCGCAAUCGCUGACGCCCACGUCCCAGUCGCUGGUGCUACGGAACGCUCACCCCGAAUCGAUUGAGCUCAUUCGCAACCUCAUGGCGCAGCUCCAGAUGGCCAAUAUGGCCCUGAGGAACACCGCGAACCCGACGGUUGCAGUGGUCUCCACCUCAAGCGACGCGGAGCGUGACACCGGCCUGCCGAGCGGCGAAGCACCGGCUUGGGAUGAGUCGAGCAACACCGCAGUCAAUCGGCAGCUUCAACCUGAUGGACCGCCAGCGAUGCCGACGGACAUUGCCGACUCGCGUCCGAAAGGCCCCUCCAUCCUUUUACUCGAUGAUGAGAACGAGCCCAAUCCAGGCAUGGAUACAGAGGCGGCAACAGAAAGCAUGCAUCCAGGAGCGGGUGCUCCCGAGGAAGACUUCGACCUCUCGCAGUACGUUAAUGUGGAAGAUCUUCUCGACGUGGCAGGUACCGAGUCCAUGACACUGCCUCCCGGCCAAGAUGCUGACAUGCUCGCCGAAGAGGUUCGACGUCUACUUGAAGAUACACCAGAGCAAGACUAA